AUGGCUCUGGACAGCGGAUGUAGGGAUCUGCUGUGGAAAACGCUGAGGGAGCUGGGGGAGGACGACUUCGAGUCCUUCAGGUUCCACACGGACCUACCUCAAAGUGUGCGUGAAAACACCCGCCAGGCGUACAUUGCUGACGAGCUGAUAAAGAAGCACGGCCAGAACACUCUGUACCAGACCAUCUUGCUUCUGGAGAAGAUCGGUAACAUCAAUUUGGCCGAGAAGCUGCGGAGCAACAUGCUGAAAAUAGAAGGCGCCGUCUUCUCCGUCGAUGAUGAUGAUCAGAUUAACCGAUUGAAGGGGGAGCUGCAAGAACACUUGAAGGGGUCAUACAAGUUUGCUUCCGAGGACACCGCCGAGCGCUGGGAGGAUCGGCCUCUGGCGGAUGUCUACACAGAGCUGGAUGUCACCUACGGGGCAGACGUCAGCCCAGACGGGCGGCACGAGGUCCUCCAGAUGGAGACGUGUGCCACCACGGCCAAAGAGUCUAUCCUGCCAUGCAACAUCUUCAAAAGCCCUGACAGGAAGCGGCGACCGAUACGCACGAUGCUUACUGUCGGCUUCGCGGGAAUAGGAAAAACCUUCCUGAUUCAAAAGUUUGUGUGGGACUGGGCCACUGGUGAAAAAAACCAGGACGUGCACUUCAUAUUUCCCUUCACCUUCCGCGAGUUAAACAUGGACAAAGAGAAGAGCUUUACGCUGGCCGAGCUAAUACGAUGUUAUGUCUGCAAAAACAGGCACAUGAGCAAGGAGAGACUGAACAAUAUAUUUGCCAAACUGCAGAUGUCUGACAAGCAGGACUACGAAAGCAGCAGAUUCAAGAUCUUGUUUAUCCUCGACGGACUGGACGAGUGCAACUUCAAAAUCGACUUGGAGAAUACGGGGAAAGUGGACAUGGACGUGGGGGAAACCUACCCGCUGGACGUACUGCUGGCGCAUCUCAUCAAUAGGAACCUGCUUCCGUGCGCCAGGGUUUGGAUCAGCACGCGGCCCGGGGCAGCCCGCAAGAUCCCCUCCAACCUCAUAGACAGCAGAACAGAGGUGAGAGGAUUCAGCGAUUCCAUGAGGCUGGAGUACUUCAGGAAAAAGUUCCCAAAUGACGAGCAUGUCAUUGAGCACAUUCGAAAAUCUCACACCAUCUUCAUCAUGUGCCACAUGCCCAUCUUCUGCUGGCUCAUCGCCAGAGUUCUUCAGGAUUAUUUGAAAAAAGGGAAGAAGGGAGAGCUUCCUACAACGCUGACCGACAUGUAUUCAGCGUUUGUUGGUCGCCACCUGGUAAAUUCCGAGGAGAGAAAUACAACAGAGUACAAACUUGACAUGAAAGCGCUAGCAAAGCUGGCCUUUCACCACACCAUGAAUAAUAAUCAGAUCUUCUAUGACAAGGACUUGGAGGACAGCGGCUUUGAUUACGGCCAAGCAGCAAAACACUGCGGUUUAUUCACAGAGGUGUUUAAGGAGGUCGAUCCGCUCAAAAGCAAGAAACAAAAGAUGUUUCAGUUCAUCCACCUGACCAUCCAGGAAUAUCUGGCCGCAUUCUACGUAAUGAUGUGUUUCUUCCACGACAAGAAGAACAUACUGGAUGAUUCAGGAUGGUCACUGGAAAAUUGUGUCAAGCUUUGGAAGCAGAAGAAAAUCACUCAGGUCCACCGGUCAGCUCUCCAGAAAGCCUCGGAGAGUGAAGGACACCUGGACCUGUUCCUACGCUUCCUCUUAGGCCUUUCCUUGCCAUGCAACAAUGAAUUAGUGAAGGAUCUGCUGAAGGCUCCUCAGGACUGCGGGCAAAGCAAGUCAAAGACAGUCAAGUUGAUCCGGAAAAGGAUCAAACGGAACACUCCAGAGAAGAACGUCAACUUGUUCUACUGCUUAAACGAGCUGAAGGACAACUCCUUGCAGAAGCAGAUCCAGCAGGAACUAAAUCAGGAGUCAGGACGUUUGUCCAGGAGUCAAAUGUCAAAUGAAAUGUGGUCGGCCCUGGCCUUCUUCUUGCUUACAGAUGACAAAACCAUGAAGUCCUUUAAUCUUGCCAGCUACUCCCCAUCGCGGUUAGGCCUCGAGAAGCUGUUGGUGGUGGUCAAAGCUUCUAAAAAAUCAGAGGACAUCAUCCUCCGCAAGAUCCCCUGGGUCAACGCCACGACAUGUGUUCGCAUCAAUUACUGGAUCAGCGUAAAGAACUUCAUGGUCAGCAGUAGGCCAGCCCAGCGCCUGCACUUGCUAAAGCUCGUCGAGUUCUUCCCCAGGGACGUGCAGGCCGACCUAGACCGCGCCAAGUUAGAAGAGAAAGAGGAUGAGGAGGAGAUCUUCACCGAGCUUGCCAGGGAGCUGGCUGACGAUCAGCUGGACCCACAGACGAACGAGGAGCUUGCCCAGCAAGAGAACAUGAAGAUUGCCAUAGAGUUCAAGAGGGGUGACCCGCCCUCUGUGAUGUUCGAUGCCCUGGUGGAGCUGGUGGACAGGGGAUAUCUGGCCAAUUGUAAGCUGGACAAAGGCAGCUGUCACCUGCUGGCUUCCGUUCUCAACUCUCAAGCCAACCUCAGGCAUCUGGACCUAAGCUACAACAGACUGUCGGACGAAGGGGUCGAGAUCCUCUCAAAAGGAUUGUCCAGUCCACACUGCAUCUUACAAGUCCUUAAGCUGAAAAACUGCAAGAUCACGAAGCGAGGAUGUCUUUCAUUGGCCGAGAAGUUAGAACUCUCCCAUCUUGAAGAGCUGGACCUGAGUCACAACGAUCUGUCGGACGAGGGGGUUGAGAACCUCUCGAAAGGACUGGCCAGCCCACACUGCAAAUUAAAAGUCCUAAACCUGUCAGCGUGCCUGAUCACUAUGCGAAGAUGCCUUUCAUUGGCUGAGGCUCUAAAGUUAAACUCCUCCCAUCUUCAAGAGCUGGACCUGAGCAAAAACAAUCUGUCGGACGAGGGGGUUGGGAUCCUCUCAGAAGGACUGGCCAGCCAACACUGCAACUUAAAAGUCCUCAAUCUGUCCAAGUGCUGGAUCACGAAUCGAGGAUGCGUUUCAUUGGCUGAGGCUCUCAAGUUAAACAACUCCUAUCUUCAAGAGUUUGACUUGAGCGAGAACAAACUGUUGGACGAAGGUAUCAAUAUCCUCUCGAAAGGACUGGCCAGCCCACACUGCAUCUUAAAACUCCUCAAGCUGUCCGACUGCGGGAUCACCAGCAUAGGAUGUGUUUCGUUAGCUGAGACUCUCAAGAUAAACCCCUCCCAGCUUCAAGAGCUGGACCUGAGUUACAACGAUCUGUCGGACGAGGGGGUUAAGAUCCUCUCGAAAGGACUGGCCUGCCCACACUGCAAUGUAAAAGUCCUCAAGCUGUUAAAGUGCAAGAUCACAGGUGAGGGAUGUGUGUCAUUGGCUGAGGCUCUCAAGUUAAACCCUUCACAUCUUGAAGAGCUGGACCUUAAGGGCAAUCAAAUAGGAAAAAGAGGAGUGAGGGUCUUAUUGGAGAUCAAGGAGGAUCCCAGCUAUAGCCUGAAGACUGUCUGGAUGACUCUGGACAGCGAGCGGAAGGAGCAGAUGGAGCUGCUGUGGCAAACACUGAUGGAGCUGGGGGAGGACGAGUUCGAGAAAUUCAAGUUCUUUUCGGACCUGCCUCAAAGGGUACGUGAACAUGCCGACCGGGUGGUCAUUGCUGACGAGCUGAUGAAGAAGCACGGCAAGAACGCUCUCAAGCAGACCAUCAACAUUCUGGAGAAGAUCAAUCACCUUAACUCGGCUGAGAUGUUGCGCAACAACAUGCUGGAAAUAACAGGUUAG